GUCCCCGCCCCCAGAGAGAGAGAGGUCAGGGAUAAUCAUCCCUCUCUCUCUCCGUCAUCCGGGUCUCUCUCUCUCCUUCUUUCUCUCCUCCUGUGCUCCUAAUAUCGACUUCAUCCAGACCGUCGUUGGCUCGAAGCCGGAACAACAACCUCCCUGGUGCCUCCGUGUGACGCGGAGCUGCGGCCGGAGCAGCUCACAGCUCCGGCUCCAUCCGGCUCCAGCUGCCGCCGCGCAGCGUCGCGCAACUUUGUGGCUCUUUGCUUUUCAUCUCCUGAAAUCCAUCGGAGAGGAUGUCGGCGUGGCGGAUCAACAAGUCUCUUCUGUCUCUCACGCACUAACCGUGGAUGGCUGCGGGAUGGAGAUAGCCUUGGUGAGUUUUGAGAACGGCGGCGCCAAAGGGAGCGGAGGAGGCAACAAUGCCGAGGAGAGCUGCCGGAACGCGCUGGAUGUCCCUCAGCCGGGCUUCGUUCAGACUGGACUCGGGGAGGACUACUGCAAGGAGCUGAACACCCGGGGGGGGAGUCCCCAGCAGCGGCCGCAGCAGCAGCAGCAUCACCCGCUCCACAGCUCCUGGAAGAUCAACGACAUGAACAACACUCUGGGCUGCGGGGAGAACGCCAUGGAUGCGCUUUUACGCGCGGACCACAGUCCCCACCUGUUCGACGAGGACCUGCUGAACAUGGACAUGGACACGGAGAGCAACGAGCGCGUGCUCAUCAACAUCGCCGGGCUGAGGUACGAGACCCAGCUGGGCACCCUGAACCAGUUCCCGGACACCCUGCUCGGAGACCCCGCCAAGAGGAUCAAGUACUUCGACCCGCUGCGGAACGAGUACUUCUUCGACCGCAACAGACCGAGUUUCGACGGGAUUUUGUAUUUCUACCAGUCGGGAGGGAAGAUCCGGAGACCGGUGAACGUGUCCAUCGACGUGUUCGCGGACGAGAUCAGGUUCUACCAGCUGGGCGAGGAGGCCAUGGAGAGGUUCCGCGAGGACGAGGGGUUUAUCAAGGAGGAGGAGAAGCCGCUUCCCCAGAACGAGUUCCAGAAGCAGGUGUGGCUCAUCUUCGAGUACCCGGAGAGCUCCAUGCCGGCGCGGGGCAUCGCCAUCGUGUCCGUCAUCGUCAUCACCAUAUCCAUCAUCACCUUCUGCCUGGAGACGCUGCCGGAGUUCCGGGACGAGAGGGAGCUGCCGGUCACCGGCCGGAUGGACAACAGCACCGCGGCGCGGCCGUCGCUCACCUUCACCGACCCCUUCUUCAUCAUCGAGACCACGUGCGUCAUCUGGUUCACGUUCGAGCUGUUCGUGCGCUUCUUCGCGUGUCCGAGCAAGUCCGAGUUCUCCAAGACCGUGAUGAACAUCAUCGACAUCAUGUCCAUCAUGCCUUACUUCAUCACGGUGUGCACGGAGCUGGCGGAGCAGCAGGGCCAGGAGCACCAGAACGGCCAGCAGGCCAUGUCGCUGGCCAUCCUGCGGGUCAUCCGCCUGGUGCGCGUCUUCCGCAUCUUCAAGCUGUCCAGACACUCCAAGGGGCUGCAGAUCCUGGGUCAGACCCUGAAGGCGAGCAUGCGCGAGCUGGGCCUGCUCAUCUUCUUCCUCUUCAUCGGCGUCAUCCUCUUCUCCAGCGCCGUGUUCUUCGCCGAGGCGGACGAGCCGGAGUCGCACUUCUCCAGCAUCCCGGACGCCUUCUGGUGGGCCGUGGUCACCAUGACGACGGUGGGCUACGGCGACAUGCGGCCGGUGACGGUCGGCGGGAAGAUCGUGGGCUCGCUGUGCGCCAUCGCCGGCGUGCUGACCAUCGCGCUGCCGGUGCCGGUCAUCGUGUCCAACUUCAACUACUUCUACCACCGCGAGACGGACCAGGACCAGUCGUCCCUGAAGGACGAGCCCCACAGCGGCCGGGCGAGUCCCGAGCCGCCGCGCAAAGGGAGCAGGUCGUCGAACAAGUCGCAGGACGCGGAGCCGAACGACGCGUCGGCGGAGAAGGCGAACGUGAAGGCCAACAGCCACACGGACUUGAAGAGGUCCCUUUACGCGUUCUGCCUGGACACGCGGGAGACGGACCUGUAGCCGCGGGAGGAGCAGCAGCUCCGGGCCCGAGUCCUGCACAAUGACCCCGUUCAUGGCUCCUAAGUCUCCGCACACGGCAGCAGAUCAACACAUCGCGAUCCUCAAGUUUUAAGAGCGACGGGGUUGAUUUAUAAAAAGCACAUUUUAAUCCUCCCUCAAUCUGGCGAGCGCAACAUCCAGAGUGAGAUGUGAUGGUGAGGAGCAGGACCACGGACGAACCUUCCUCAUGACGGAUGAGUGCGUUCAGUCGGAGCUGCACUUCACCACGACUCACGAAUCAUAAAGUCCAUAUUCAGUUGUGCAACUAAAGAAAAAAGCCAAAUUUAGUUCUUCCUCAUAUCCCUUCCCCACAGUUAGUCGUUAUGUUUACAUGAACCAGUUGUGUACAUAUUCCCCAUUAGAGGACACACGCCAUGAACUGUUGUAGAUUUUAAAAAGAAUUAAAGAAAAGAAAUAUAGGUCUAUUUUUGGAGUUUCCCUUCACUCAGGUUCUGUCAAAGAAGUGAAACAUUUCCUUUCCUCUUCUUUCUAAACGAGAGUUCGAUUCGCUCUCGGGACCUAAAGAGACAACAGCAGCCUUGUUUAUGCUUUUUAAACUGAAAAGGACAUUUGGGGUUUUUUAAAAAAGAAAGAAAGGACCUAAUGUGGAAGUACGUUAACUGAAGGAAUGACAGCCAAGAGAGGACGUGGAGACGUGGAGACGUGGAGACACGGAGACGUGGAGACGUGGAGACGUGAGG